UCAUUGAGGGUUUACUUCGGUUGGCCACGAUGUGACACUAUCCGUGGGUCCAUUCCUUGACAGCUGGUCUGUGGCAUUAUUGUUCUGCUGUAUUUGCUGAUAUUAACGAUAGCUUCACUACAAAUUACACGCCCUCGAGCUUUGACGAUUCUGUUUACUAAAACAAGUCAGCUUUAAGGACAAAUCGUCCCUUUUGAAGGCAAGCCGGGAGUACACAUAUAUUGCAUCAUACGAGGGCAUUAAGAAGUCCUCAAGUGUUCGUCCGGGACCAAAUAGUAGGUCCUAUGCACGACAAGCCCGUACCGUGUACAAGUGGAAAUACAUCUCUCAUCUUAGACAACCUUUACGUGCAUGUGUGUCACACUGUGUAGUCAGUCGUAAUCUGGUUGUUUAAGAACUCCAUCCGCCCAGAGCCGUACUGCGUGCAAGAGGGCCGAACGUAUAUGGACAACGUUCACUAAAAGCUGUGGUCAGAAAUAACUAAAAGCCAACAAACUGGUUGUUUGAUGUACUUUCUUCAACAAAGAUGCUAAGCUUAUACACUGUAGAGUGUGUAACCUUCACUGCGCGCUACAUGACGAUCUGAAUAAACAACACAGUGGAUCACAGUCGACAACAGACAACCCUUCGUCACUGAGGCAAAUGCCUGCAAACUGUACUGAUUAGUGUUGCGGGGAUUUCUUUUCUAAAUGCCUUGUCUAGAAAUGGUUUAUGAACAAGGAGUGUACUGUUUAGCAACCUGUGAGUGAUGUCCUACUCCUAAUGCAGCCUAUGUUGAUAUUCUACCUUAUUGUAAUUCAGCCGAUGCAUCGUUGACUGUUGUGGCUACUUGCAGAGGCACAUUUCUCCGCUGGAUGUGUGAUCGCGGUUUGCAAGAUCACACUACUCAGUCUAUUGAUAUGUGCGUCUAAAUGGAAACUAUCCAGAACAGGUUGGAAAUGCUUAACUGCUUGCACAUUUUUGUGAUUACAUCAUUAUGAUCUUCGUCGGUUUGCAAACUUGUGAUUAUAGGAAAUUCAACCUGCAUCAGUCUGUUAAUGACGCGUUCGUCUGAAGCGGAUACAACCAACCAGCAUUCGUCCUAAACGUUUGCUUACUUUGUACAUCCUCAAAACGGAAGACACUGGACAAUGGAAGAAAUAAAUUCAACAGAGGUAACUGACUUGGCGACAACAGUUGUACCAAAGGACGAUACUUCGUCUGGAAAUGAAUGGGUGUAUGGUAUUGAAGUUACGCUAGGCAUUGUGGGCACUGUGGGCAACGUGUUCGUCUGCUUGAUCAUUCUGCGCGCCAAAUUCUUACACAACAUGACCAACUACUUGAUUCUGAAUCUGGCCGUGGCUGACAUGACUGCCUCGCUGUGUUUGAUCUUUAAUGUGUUCUUAGUGGAGACUUCGAUCGUCGAACCGCCCUCAGGCGUAGCUGUAGGAGAGAUUUACUGUCGUCUCUAUGGCAACCUACAUCUCUUCUGGGUAUGUGUAACAGCUUCCGUCUUCAAUCUCAUUGUCGUGACACUAGAACGAUUCUACGCCAUUGUGUAUCCUCUUCAUUACACUAGAUACUUCACAACGAAGAGGGUAACCCUGCUAGUUGCUCUGACUUGGCUUGGCGCUUUUCUGCAAGAGUUUUUCGCCCUUUUUAUCAACUCGUACGACGCUGCCAGUGGGACGUGUGCCUAUGGUUUCCCCAAUUUGGCUAGUCAAAUUGCUGUCGGUUUGUUUGUGUUCCUCAGUUCCUAUUUUUGCCCUCUUUGCGUAAUGAUUUGGGCAUAUUACAAAAUAAUGAGAAACCUUAAGAAGUCAGCGCGUAAUCUUAUGAAUCAACAGACGGAGGACCCAGCCUAUGGACUUCUCCGUGCGCGCAAGAAAAUAGUGCAGGUCCUGUUUACCGUUGUCAUGGCAUUCCUCAUACUAUGGACACCAAACCAAGUGGUGUACCUGUUUGAGAAUUUCCAUGUUGAAUUAGUUCCAACAACUCACAUCGUGUACUCAAUCUUUCGCAUGAUGGCGUUUUCCAACUCCGUCGUCAACCCGAUCAUUUAUGCGUUCAAGUACAAACAAUUCAGAAAAGGAUUCCGUGUGCUUAUGUGUAGUGGGUGCAUGGCCAAUAACGUCGGAGCAAUCCAAACUGAGUUAUCAAAUACGUAGUUUAUUCAAAUCACUGUUGCACUUAGUAAGUAGGAGGUCCUGUAUGUUGAAACCGUGCAAUGGCAUCUGCUGCAAAAACUGCAGAAUUCAGGCUGAAUAGAUGGGGAAGCAUUUACCAUUCCAGACUUUGACAUUCGUGACAAUAUUGAAUUUUGUACCUCAUUUUGAAAGUUGAUAUACAAAGCCCUCUGCUGCUGUGGAAAACGCACAAGCAGUUAUGUAUAGUUAUAGGGUCCAUUUUUCCUGUGGCUGGUUCGGACAGAAUAUUAAGUUUUUAUGUUGUCUAUACUUCAGAUUCUUCGCAGGGGCUUGAGAAGGAACAACCUUUGGGGGUUCAGUGGCCUCUUCCCUUUCAACGUAUUUGCGCCUCUGCACAACCCCCCAUGAGAUUACACUAACGUUUAAAGGCUGAUUUCACGAAUUUGCACUGUAGAAAUUUUAUAUAUGAAAACUGCAAAAAUAGCCGGGCAAUAUGCCUCAUUCGUAAAAUAGCCAUCUUGAAUCGAAGGCGAGGUGAUCCCGGUAAAAAGUUUCUGGAAUUUUAAUACAUUUAUUUAUUUAGUUAUUUAACCAUCCUUAAGGAGGGUAGCCCAUGCAGCUAUAGCUGAUCAUUUGGGGCACUCAAAAAUCAUGCAACUUAAAAGUAAAACAACAUCAAAUGUACAAUUACAUCAAAUGUACGGCAACAGGGAAAAAAACAUAAAAGAGCCAGUACAAAUUGGGAGGGGGAUAAAUAAACAUGUACAAUUAAAAAUUACUAGGGAGCACCAGAAUGGCUUUACAUCAAAAUUACAAUUAAAAUGUGAUAUAUACAUAAUCCCAUACAUGUGGGAAUAAAUAUGAUUGGGAAAAAAUAUAGAUUAGCAUUUGCUCCGGGGUUAGUGCCAAGUAAUUUAUCGAAGGUCGUGCCACUUUUAUCGUCCAAAUGAAACAUAUUUUUCAAAGUCAACAGUGCACCUAUAUAUGUAUCCGUAAUUAUAGCAAAAUAGACAGGCUUCUUCCCAUUUCAGAGUGCUCUGUAAACAAAAUGGAUUCGGGAAUCGGGAACCACAAUCGUAAAUUCCAGUCUCGUGAAUAAAGACCAUUUUUCUACUCAACCACAAGUAAACCAGAGAAAUUGCCUUAAAUGUUGGGCAAACAUGUUACUCAGCUGCAGUAAGUUGUGUGUAAACCUACGUCAUUUACCCAAAACUACCCAAACACUUGUACCCAGCGCUUUUACAGUAUACAUCAGAGUCCGACUACAAGCUAGCUGUUGACAAGGUGAUCGCAAAUGCGUCUUCUAUAGCCACUCCAUUUUCAUGGAGUGGCUAUAGAAUACGUGAGGGUUACGUCCGAACCAGUUAUUUAGAUUUGUGUAGUUUUCGCCAUUUAGCGCUCAGUGGAGAAUAGUCAUUGACAACAGUGCACGUUUCAGACGUGCGAUUUCUGCUCAAUUCAUUUCACGCUAUGGCCGAUGGUUGAAUAGAUUCCGCCCCAAGUCCGUAUCAAAAGGCUAUCAACUACUACGACAUAUAUACACGGUAUUUCAUGACAGGCUCUAUAUCCAUAGACAGACAUGUAUAAUAAAUAUUGUUGCUCGUAACACCGAUCAUGUCUAGUAGGCCUAUUUCCAUAUACCGGUCAUGAGAUCAAUUAUUAAAUAAUACUGCAUGGUAGGCAUUAACAAAACACAUUAAAUGUUGUAAAAAUGUUAACCUCUCCAGGAAAACUCCAAAUAAUUUAUGGUAUUAUUUUUCUAGAGAAGCUCUGUGUUAUUUCGUAUAUAUCCUUCUUUUUAUCUUGGGGCUAUUUUACUAUUUGUAUAAUCAGAAGUAUUGGUAGUUUCCCAUUCUUCCCGAAUGCCCUGUGGGACUAUUUAGAAACACUGAAAUGUGUGACAUCAAUGUCUGCUUCCAUUGUACCUCUUGAGCUGUGGCAAAUCUUUUAAGCAAUAAAUUCUGAACACAAUUUAUGUUGGUAUUGUGCGUUCAAAAAGA